AAUUUAAAUUACACAAAAACAAAAAAUAAAAACAAGUGUUAAAAAAAAAAAAUAAAAUCCAACUUAAAUGCAAUGUGCAACAACAACACCACAGUACCUCUCCCAACAAAAAAAAAAAACGUUCGCUUUGCAAUAAUAGUGUUACAAUAACAAAAACAUAUAAUACCCAUCAAAUGCAAAAACAAUAGACAAAAAAAAAAAACACACUGCAGCAUCAAAUCAACCAAUAUACAACGGCUUAUAAAAAAAAACAAAUUCUCGCGACGCUCAAAUAGUGUUCAGUGCAUACGAGUAAUCCUUUCUUUUCCUUCCCCCAUCUUUCUGCAGUCUUACUUGCUUAACGAUUGUGGUAUUGUGAGUGGAACCUCUUCUCAAAAUGCCGCAAUCGUUAUCAGUUCGAUUUCAGAUAGAUUAUUGUGUGUGUUAAUAAAUAACCAAAUUGUCACUAAGGCAUAACACUAGUGAUAAUUUGUUUUGUUGAAGCUCAAAUUGGAAUUUAUACAACAUAUUCAACAUAGUUAAUUGUCGGAUAAGGUUUUUAAAAGUUUUGGUAUAAUUAAAUGGUAGGUACAUUCAGGGUCGAUUAUGCCAACAUUCGUGGGCUUAGAUCGAACUUCUGCGAUGUGUACAAUGUACAUGUACAAAACAGGCCAGCAAAACAGGCAUUAGGUGAGACUCAAAUAAGUGAAAAUUCAGAUUGUUCUGAAUUUAAUGUAAAUGGGUAUUACUUGGUGCCAUUAUUCUUUUCUCACCACGGUCUCGCCAUAUAUAUUAGAAAUGAUGUAGCUUAUAAACUUCAACCACAAUACGGCCUAUGUGUAAACACAAAUUUUAAUUUCAUGUGGUUAAAAUUCACGGUUAAUAAGCGCAUCAUUCAUACAUGUUUUAUUUAUCGAAGUCCCAACCUGGACAGUAAUUCAACUUCUAACGAAUUUGAUGCUCUGUCCGACUCCAUCCAAAGGAUUGUUUCCCUGUAUCCUCACACUGAAAUUGUCAUUACGGGCGAUUUUAAUGUACACAAUUCUUCGUGGCUUCGCUAUUUUGGCCAGACAACACCCGAAGGAAGGUAUGUUGAGAUCUUCGCUGAGUUAAACCAUCUAACUCAGCUUGUUGACAAGCCAACUCGAAUUUCGGAUGUUGUGGGCCAAGCUGAAAACACUCUAGAUCUGUUUCUUACCUCGGACCCAGAUAAAUACACUGUUAGUGUAUUAUCGCCUCUAGUUAAAGAAAAAUCACCAAAGAGAACUGUUUGGCAAUACGAGAAAUCCAACUGGGAUAAUCGACUAUCGACAAAAAUCGUCUAUCGCAAUAUGGGCCAUAUACUAUCUGUUGCUGAUUGAUCUGGAAAUUCCCAUGACGAAAAUAUAACCUAG